UAACUAAAAUCCAAAUACACUCCAAACAAAGUCAUAUAAACAACAUAAAAAAAGGAAAAAGAAAUUCUCCUCAAAUCUCCUGUUUAACAGACCUUCGAUCAUCUUCACCGAUGGCCGCAGUGCUCGAGUGCGUAAGCGUUCCGCGUGCUUCGGUUUCUCUGGCUUUUUCGCCGGUGAAACUUUCUCCUUCUUCUAUUUCUUCGAUCUCUGCUCGCCGGAGAUUGCCGGAAUUCAAAGGCCUCAAGGUCUUUCCGACUCGCUCGUUUGGAUCGGUGAGUUAUAGUCAGAGUUCGAGCUUGAAAUUUGGUCGCGGUGGACGUAUCGUUUGCGAGGCUCAAGAAACAGCCGUUGAUGUACCUGCGGUGUCUGAUUCAACAUGGCAAUCACUUGUUCUGGAAUCUGAACUCCCUGUUUUGGUUGAAUUCUGGGCUCCGUGGUGUGGACCCUGCCGGAUGAUCCACCCAAUAAUCGAUGAGCUUUCAAAACAGUAUGCCGGGAAGCUUAAAUGCUACAAAGUGAAUACUGAUGAGAGCCCUUCAAUUGCUACUCGAUAUGGGAUACGGAGCAUCCCAACUGUUAUUAUAUUCAAGAAUGGGGAUAAGAAAGAUACAGUUAUUGGUGCUGUUCCUAAAUCCACUUUGACCACCAGCAUAGAAAAAUUCUUAUAGACAUGGUAUAUUUUAUGUGGAAAUUUGGUUCUAGGGAGGCCUAUGGCUAUGAUUCUAGCUUGGAGUGGCAUAUGAUAAUUGAGUUGGAGAAAUCUGCCGCAAUCUGAGAAAAAAGAAAGAAAAGAUAAGAAACAUGGUUGAGAUUUAGCUUAAGAUCUUGCAUGGUUUGCCCUAAAGAAACCUUGAUGAACUCUAACAUUCUUCUGCAGUUUUUGGUGGUGUAAAUACGUGCUUCUUUCACCAGUUGAGCAUGGGUAUUUCACAAGUAGACAUAUGCCAAAAUAUUUCUUAAAAUUUACGUCCCAAGUGAUAUGUGAUCCUAUUUGAUUUA